AUGUAUUAUUAACCAGCUUAAAAGUUAUUACUAAGCAAUAAAUUCUCAUCAUAACCAAUAAUAGUAAAUUGCUCAAAUAUUAUUUUAGAUAUAAUAGUAAAUAUAAAGAAAAUUGAACUCAAAUCCAUUUGACACUCCAAGGUAUUAAGGAGAAAAUUAGCCUGUAAAGACAUAGAGAUCAAAAUUUGUGAAUGUUGAUGAGCAUUUUGCAAAUUUAUUUUAUAAUUUGAAAGAAGAAAAUCAAUAAUUAAGAGAAUAGUUGAAUCAAUUAGAAUUAAAAGUUUUAGCAGCAAAAAAAAAACUAGAAUUGUUAAAAUAAUAAUGA